AAAGAAUUCUUGAAUGGCUGCUAGCUUCUCCAUCAAAAGAGGCCAACAGAUGAAAGCCUAGUACACGACUCAAGCGAAAAUGUUCAGUUAAAUUAUUGUCCUCUUAAUUUCUGUCACGGUGUCACUUCACAUCAAAUCAUAAAACGCAUACUCUUCAACGGGUAAUGCUUUUAUAUUUCCAUAUGGAUCGAGAUCGAUCGGCAGUACAGGUUCAUUCAUUCUCCAAAGUCCAGCGUUCAUCAAUGGCCAUCUUCAUCGGAUGCAUCUGUUCACUUGCACUCUUGCUGCUCUGCUCCCAUGUCUUCCAGCUUCUCUCAGACGCUCGCCGCCGUCUUCCACCGGGCCCGAGGCCGCUUCCGGUCAUCGGCAACCUCCUCGACGUCGCCGGUGAGCUCCCGCACCGCUCGUUGGCGUGCGUCGCCGAGCGGUACGGCCCGCUGGUGACGCUCCGCCUGGGCACGAUGCUCGCCGUCGUGGCCUCCUCGCCGGCCACGGCGCGCGACGUCCUGCACAGGCACGGCGCCAGCAUCACCGACCGGGGCACGCCGGACGCGUGGAGCACCGACGGGCACGACGGCAACUCCAUCUUCGCGUUCCCGACGCGCCACCACCGGUGGCGCGCGCUGCGCCGGCUCGGCGCCGAGCAGCUGUUCUCGCCACGGCGGGUCGAGGAGCAGCGCCCGCUGCGCCGAGACGCCGUGCGCGGCCUCCUCCGCCACGUGGCGGAGCUGGCUGCGGCGUCCGGCGGAGGCGGCGCGGCGGUGGUCGACGUCGGGAGGGCGGCGUUCGCGGCCAUGGCGAGCCUACUGUUCGGGGCGCUGUUCUCGGCGGGCAUCGACGCCGCGACGUCGUGCCGGUUCCGCGACGCGGCGCGGGAGUUCGCGCUGCUGACGAUGACGCCCAACGUGUCGGAGUUCUUCCCGGUGGUGGCCAUGGCCGAUCUGCAGGGCCUGCGGCGAAGGACGGCGAGGCACAUCACGUGGAUGUACCAACUGAUCGACGGCCAUGUCGAACGGCGGAUGCGUGGCCGGGAAACGGCCGGUGGCUGCGGCGCCGCGCACGGGGAGAAGGAGAAGGACCUGCUUGAUGUGAUGCUGGACAUGUCGGAGAAAGAGGAGCAGAAUGACGACAGCAGCCUCACCAUGAACCGGGGUGUGAUAAGAGCAUUUAUGGCCGAUUUACUAAUGGCGGGCAGUGAAACAAGCUCAGCUGUAAUAGAGUGGGCAAUGGCCGAGCUACUGCAGAAUCCUCAAACUAUGACAAAAUUACAAGAAGAGCUCAAAAAGGUCAUUGGCUCAAAAACUUGCAUAGAUGAAGAAGACAUCGACCAACUUCCCUAUCUUCAAGCAGUCAUCAAGGAAACACACAGGCUACAUCCAGCCAUACCACUGCUAAUGUACAAAGCAGCCGUCCCAGUUGAAAUACAAGGGUAUAAAAUCCCCAAAGAAACCACUGUGAUAGUAAAUACAUGGGCAAUUCAUCAGAAUUCAGAGGUUUGGAUUGAACCAGACAAGUUUAUACCAGAGAGAUUCCUACAAAAGGAGAUCAGUUUGUCAUCAGGUAGUACCAACAUGGAACUUAUUCCAUUCAGUGCCGGACGACGUUUCUGCCUCGGAUAUCCGGUAGCAAAUAGAAUGCUGCAUGUUAUGCUUGCCUCGCUAGUUCAUCAGUUUCAGUGGACACUGCCUGAAGUAGUGAAGAAGAACGGUGGCGUAGACAUGGCAGAAAAGUUUGGAAUAACACUGUCUAUGGCGACCCCCCUACAUGCUAUAGCAAAGAAUAUUGUGUAAUGUGUAAUUUGUGUAAUGUAUUCCCGAAUAAAAUGUGUCAUUUAUCCUAAAAUAUAAGACGGAUUUAUAAAAAGUAUCUGAAAUUAAA